AUGGGUAUCAUGAACAUGAUGGGCCGGUCCAAGGCCGGCGAGGAGUCCCAAUUCUCCUCCCAAACGGCUACUCCUGCCCGAGCUGAUUCGACGGUGGAGAAGAACAACGGCCUCAUCGAUGAUAGUCCGGUCAAGUACUUGACCUGGCGUUCAUUCAUCCUCGGUCUGUGUGUCUCCAUGGGUGGUUUCAUUUUCGGUUACUCUACUGGUCAAAUCUCGGGUUUCACCACCAUGAUUGACUUCAAGACGCGUUUCGCCGAAUACCACGCUGCCACCGAUGAAUAUGUCUUCAGCAAUGUCCGUAACGGUCUCAUUGUCGGUCUGCUCUCCAUCGGUACUAUGAUCGGCGCCUUGGUGGCCGCCCCCAUCGCUGACCGCAUCGGCCGUAAAUUCUCCAUCUCCUUCUGGGCUCUCAUCAACAUGGUCGGAAUCGUUGUGCAGAUCGCUACCACCGACAAGUGGUACCAGAUUGCUCUGGGUCGUUGGGUCAUGGGUCUGGGUGUUGGUGCCUUGUCCAGCGUGGUCCCCAUGUACCAGUCCGAGUCUGCUCCUCGCCAGGUCCGUGGUGCCAUGGUCAGUGCUUUCCAGCUGUUCGUCGCCUUCGGUAUCUUCAUUUCCUACAUCAUCAACUUCGGUACCGAGCGCAUCAAUUCCACUGCAUCUUGGCGUAUCACCAUGGGUAUCGGCUUUGCCUGGCCCCUGAUCUUGGGUAUCGGUACCCUGUUCCUGCCCGAGUCGCCCCGCUAUGCCUACCGUCACGGACGUGUUGAGGAGGCCCGCCAGGUCAUGGCUAAGCUCUACGGUGUCCCUCCCAACCACCGCGUCGUGGCCCAGGAGAUGACCGACAUGAAGAACAAGCUUGAGGAGGAGCUCGCUGCCGGCAAGGCUGCUUGGCACGAGGUCUUCACUGGCCCUCGCAUGCUCUACCGUACCAUUCUCGGUGUUGGUCUCCAGUCUCUGCAGCAGCUGACCGGUGCCAACUUCAUCUUCUACUACGGUACCUCCAUCUUCCAAGGUGUGGGUCUGAGCAACUCGUACGUCACUCAGAUCAUUCUGGGUGCCGUCAACUUUGGUAUGACCCUGCCCGGUUUGUACAUCGUCGAGCACUACGGACGCCGCAAGUGUCUGAUGGCUGGAGCUGCUUGGAUGUUCGUCUGCUUCCUGAUCUGGGCUUCUGUCGGUCACUCGGUUCUUCACGUCGACCCUACUUCGCACCCCGCCGGUGUCGCCAUGAUCGUCUUCACCUGUUUCUUCAUCGUCGGCUUCGCCACCACCUGGGGUCCCAUCGUCUGGGCUAUCUGCGGUGAAAUGUAUCCCUUCCGUUACCGUGCUACCUGCAUGGGUAUCGCCACUGCCGCCAACUGGACCUGGAACUUCCUCAUCUCCUUCUUCACCCCAUUCAUCUCCAGUGCCAUCGAUUUCCGCUACGGUUACGUCUUUGCUGCUUGCUGUUUUGCCGCUAUCUGGGUUGUCUUCUUCUUUGUCUGCGAGACCAAGGGCCGCACUCUCGAGGAGGUUGACUCCAUGUACGUCCUGCACGUCAAGCCCUGGAAGUCUGCUACCUGGGAGGCUCCCGAUGGCAUCGUCGACGAGAUGCACGCUCCCCCAUCCGAGCGUCAGGCCAAGGAGGGUGCCGAGGAGCACCAGCACCACGAUGAGCCCACCGAGAUUCGGGAACAGUAG